AUGUCUCAGCAACCAACAGAGAUCAAGGCGGUCUUCUUCGACUUCAUGGGCACCUGCCUCAACUGGCAUGCCAGCGUAGUUGAAUCCUUACCCUCUGCCAUUCCAAAGGACGAAGCGUCAAAGUUCGCCCUCGAGUGGCGCAGACAAUAUUUCAUCCAGAAUGCACAGCGACAUGCGCAAGGCCUCGAGCCCGAGGACAUUGACAUCACGUUUGCGCGGGUUCUCGACAACCUUUUGACACAGUCUCCCGUCCAUGCCGACCACUUCAGUCCCGACGUCAAGGCUCGGCUGAUCAAGGCGUGGCACUCGCAACCUGCAUGGCCCGAAGUCGCAAAGGCCAUUGAGAGCCUGCGUAAAGAUCUCGGCCUCGAAGUGUUUGUGCACGCCAAUGGCACCACUCGCUUGCAGCUGGACCUCGUUCGGUUUUCGGGGUUGAGCUUCGACAUGCUCUUCUCCAGUCAGCUGCUGGGUGUUUACAAGCCCAACCCCAUUGCUUAUGAAAAGGCGUUGCAACUCGUCAAGCUGAAGCCUGAGGAAGUGGUGCUGGUUGCAGCGCAUGCGUAUGAUUUACGCGGGGCUCAGCAGGUUGGGCUAAGGACCAUCUAUGUUCAUCGAUGGACCGAUGACGUAGAUGAGGAUAUGGGACAGGUGCGGUCUGAGUUUGAUGUGUUCCUAGAAGAUAUGACGGAUCUGCCGAAUGCAGUCGGUAGAUUGUGA